UUUACACCGCACAGCACCGGGGCCUGGGGCUGUGAAUCACUAACUAUAUUGCGAUACGUAGAGAUUGUGCGUGCCUCAUUCGUAGCCCGGGCUGCUACAGGUGUUAUCACAUCUGCUAUAGGCGAAAGGUGGCGGGAGGAUAAGAGCGGAAGGAGGGGCCUUGAAAGGUGCUACUUCUACAAGAACGUGCCCAGGGCCACACCGGAGCCAGGCCAGGAGAGCACAACCAAGCGCUACCCUCUGGCUGACCUUUCCUUCCUGCAGCACACACAGGGAAGGAAUCAUCGUCGCGGUCUCGGCACCUGUUGUUGGUCGUGGGUACAUCUAGACGGGCUAGCCUGCCCUGUUCGCCCACCACGGAGUAUUCUACGAACGACCAGCGCGUGUCAUCCGCAACCUCAACUCGUCGGCGUACAGACACCUCGGCACUGCGUUUCUUGCGAACUCACGACCUAGCCAGAUGAACACGCCGAUGAGGGCCAGGAGAAGAGGAGGGCGCCGCGUGGCCGGCGUCUGCCGUUGCGUCGCCCUCGCGGCAGUCACUGCAAGAACGCAGGCCCUCCUCACGUGCGGCAGCACUGCCACUGCAUGGUCGCCGUCUUGCAGUGGCAGUGAGCGGUCAGCCAUCACGACGACCACCACCACCACCGCGGUGAUGCAUGAUCCCUCGCCGCACGGCCGGGUGCGCAGAACAGGCGGGCGCAGCAGCUGGGGACAACGAGCAAGUAGCCAGAGUUCGAGACCAACAGCAGCAAGGGUAUCGACCUCCCUGUCGGCGGCGUCCGGCAGCAGCAGCAGCAGCGGGAUCAAUGCCGGCGACGGAGACUCCGGCGAGGGCGGCGGCGGCGGCGGCGGUGUCGGGGGAGUGUGGGCCGUGCAGGACGAGGAGGACUGGGAGUUCGAGGAGGAGGUCCAGCGGCUCGAGGAGAGGCUGGAAAACGCCGUCAAGAACGAGGACUAUAAGGGGGCCACCAAGUGCAGGGACGAGCUCUACAGGAUUCACAUGGACGAGACGUCCGCCGUCCUGUCCACCAACUCGGCGUUCUACGCAGCUUUCACGGCAAAGGACGCAGAUCGCAUGGCGUCCCUCUGGAUGCCCAGCAACGACGUGAUGUGCAUCCACCCGGGGGACGAGCCGGUGCUGGGCCAGCAGGCGGUCGACCGGUCGUGGCGGUCCCUCUUCCGUUCUGGGGACGGCCGCUUCUCCAGCAGCGUCAUCAAGUGCAACGAGGAGGUCACCUCCAGGCAGAACGCGGCGGCGGCGGCGGCGGCAACGGACCCUACGUUGCGAUCUUUCUCUCCCGCGCCGUCCGCGCUGAGCUCGUUCGGUUCGUCUUCUAAGGCCGCCGACGACGACGGCAGCAGCAGCUUCGGCGAUAACCCAAAGCACAAGGACCCGGCCGCCUGGCUCGCCCACGUCAUUUCCGAGAACCCUUACGAGCCCGGCUCGGAGAAGUCCAUCGUGAGCAACCCCACAACGCCCGAGGACAGGGCCAGGAUCAAGAAGGCGGUGGGCAAGCACGGGGCGGCGAGCAUCAAGAAGGCCGUCGCCGCGGCGUUCGCCCAGUCCGACGAGGAGACGAGGCUUGCCAACCUGGCCAAGCGGAGCAAGAAGGGGGGAGCUUUCUUGAGCGGGGGCCGGGGCGGCUCCGAGAGGAGGAGCAAGGUUAAGCCGCGCGUGCUCAACGUGACCAACAUCUACCGGAAGGCUGGGGGGAAGUGGCUUAUGGUCCACCACCACGCGAGUCUGCCACCGAUGGGCAAGUCGGGCAGCAGCAGGAGGGUUGCGAUGGGGAUCGACGGCUUGAAAGAUGUGAGAGCGGGAGCUGUUGUGGCCCUGGAGGGCAUGCCUCGCAUUAUCAACCUGUCGGACCAGGGCGGCGGCUUCGGCGGGGGUGGCGGCAGCGGCAAGGAUAACAGGCUAGAAGAGAUGCUGGAGGCGUUACGUAACCGUCUUCCGGGCGGUCUUCCUGGCGGUAUCGGCGGAACGGGGGCGGGAAGGACGCCAUCGGGCGGAAUGAUCAUUAUCGGUGGUGGGGACGACGACGAGGACGACGACGAAGACGACGAUGACGACGAAGAGGAAGAGGAGGACGAAGAUGAUGAUGAUGAGGACGAGGACGAGGACGAGGACGAUGAUGCCGAUGUAACGAGUAGCAGCAGCAGCAGCAGCAGAUCGGAAGGCAAGGGCUCGCGCUGGAGAAGGGAAGAGCUUCCCCUUACCGAAGACCUCACCAAGAAGACUAUCCAGACGUUGCGGACCCUGGUGGAGAUCAAGGUGCUGGAGAAGGACGAGCAGCGCCGCCUGGUGACGGACGUGAUCAAGCACGCCGCGGACGACGAGGCCAGCGCUGUCGAGGUGGCGUACGAGCUGUUGCUAGCGCAUACUAACGAGGACCUGGAGGACACAGACACUCUCGCUGAGUUUGUGGACCAAUGCAAGGUUAUAGCGUCGUCAUUGUUUGAGGAGGACAAGCGAAGGAAGAAGCGGCGGUGGCGUUAGUGCUGUUGAUGGUCAACGAAACAGCAACACAAGAUAGGAACUAAGAACGGAGCUAGAAGAACACAAGACCGCGGCUUCCGCGUGUGCGAGGGGAAGGAUUAGUGAUGGUUCAAAUAAUUGAUGAGCCGCAAAUCACUCGGAAAACGAAGCCGAUAUUACACCGAGACGACACAUGCGAGCUAAUAGCAGCGUCGGAGUUUAGCUGUGUUGCCUGCCACCUGUGAGCCAAGCGUGCCUUGCUACAUCUCGGGAUGAUGUUGGUAGCACCGACCUCCUUUCGGGCCAGGGAGAGCGAAACGAGCAAGACAGCAUAGCAGCGCAUGGAGGACGGUGACACCCCCCCUGUACGUUCUCCUCCGCGCUUCCCCCCUGCUUCGGGGCCAAGCAGAGUGGUACCAGUGAGUAGGGGCCGAAAGAGUCACCAAGUAGCGGGCGCGUGAGGUCGAAGCGCUUGUACGUGCUGAUCAGCUCCGUGUGUGGGACGCGAGGUGUCUCGAAUCACCCGAAUUAUGCCGCUACUGGUCUGCUCCUUUCCCUACUGUUGCCUGGAUGAGUGGUCGUGUUAUUGACCACAAGAAGCUACUUGUGCCUUGGAUUAUUAGGAUUUUAUUGGUCCAAGCCCGGCAUACAUUUGUGCGGAGAAGGGGUGCCCGCGGUGGCUACCACCACCAUGCGCGCCAACUACAACGCAUGUAGGUUUGGUUUCCCUUACAUGUAUUUUUUGCAUGUCCGUCCAUGCUCGUUGAAAGGUGAUCACACGCCAGGACACUGAUUGGAUGGCGGGAGGGCAGCAGGCCGCAGUGACACCUUGAUUCAGUCAUUCCUCCGCAUCUCUUGAACAGUUUGUGUUUUGGCUGUUGAUGACGCUAAUCGAGACGUCGUGUUUUCUUCCUCGCCUGUUGAUUGAAGGCGCAGGAAUAGUUACCGAUUGGAAGCACGGUGUUGACUUUUCACACGGACAAACACUGCUGUGCGAAAGGAAAGAGAACUAGAAAUGCCUUGAAUGCCGAAGCACACUUGGUUGGCAGUCACCCCGUACCUUUGUUUUCGUGUUUUCCGACGUGUGUUCUUGGGGGACAGGCUCCGAAACAUGUUUGGGACCAUGACAGCACGUAGACACAGUACAUGGAGCAGACGAAGGAUCAACAGU